AUGGCUAGUUCUGAUGUGAAACCAAAAUCAAUCAGUCGUGCCAAAAAAUGGUCAGACGAGAUAGAAAAUCUGUACAGAUUUCAACAAGCAGGAUAUCGGGAUGAAAUUGAAUAUAAACAAGUAAAACAAGUUUCUAUGGUGGAUCGUUGGCCUGAGACAGGUUAUGUGAAGAAACUUCAGAGAAGGGACAAUACUUUCUAUUACUACAACAAACAGAGGGAAUGUAAUGACAAGGAGGUCCACAAAGUGAAAAUUUAUGUUUACUAG